AAUGAGUAGACUCAGUAGUAUUUAUGACGGUCACCCAGUUUGUACUUUUUAAUAAGAUACCCAUUGCUCUACAGUUCAAGAUAACUUUAUACAGUAUCGACAUUUUUUUUCUUUUUUUAUAAAAUUGGGCUCAAGAUUGCAUAACAUUUCACGAAGUGAAAGUAGAAUAACAUGCGUUGACUGUGCAAUCAUCAUUUAUCAUGUCAGAUGUACUAGGAUCGGGACCCUCAUCAGCUUGUGACGAAACUGGGGAUAAAGCAAAUACAGGUGAUGAAGAUGGAGAUAGAAAAUUUUCAGCUGCUCAGAAAGCAAGAGUUGAACGAAAUCGUCAAAAGGCUUUACUGCUCAGGCAGUCCAGGCUAGCUAAAAAGCCUUACACCGCCACAGAUCCAAAACAGAAGGUGACACGCACCAUCGAUACCGGGGCAGGCUUCUUCCUGGAAGAAGAGGAGGAGGAAGAAGAAAAGGCUAAAAGGGCAGCGGUCAAACAUCCACUAGGUCCUGUGUUGGAGUCGGAUGCUUUGCUCUGUGAUGACUGUGGAAAAGAAUUCAUGGACUCCUGGCUCCUGACAACCUACAAUGUUAAUGUGUGUGAUGUCUGCAAAGAGGACACAGAGAAACACCCUCUGGUGACAAAAACAGAAGCCAAGGACAGAUACCUACUAAAAGAUUCAGAUCUAGAAAUCCGAGAUCCACCCCUCAAAUUCAUCAUCCGCAAAAAUCCCAGGAAUCCUCGGUGGGGAGACAUGAAGUUAUACUAUGAACCUCAGGUAUAUGACCGAGCUAUGGAGGUGUGGGGGUCAGAAGAGGGACUGGAGAAAGCACAUGAUCAGAGGUCCACAAAGAGGGAAACCGCAAAACGAAAAAAGUUUGACAAGAAAGUCAAAGAAUUACGACUUGCAGUCAGAAGCAGUUUAGUGAAGGUGAACUCGGGACCACACGAGCAUGAGUACGGACCCGAGUCAUAUGACGGGGAAUCUGAUAUGUACAGCGUCGCGUGUGAAUGUGGCCAUGUCAGGACGUACGAGAAAAUGUGAGAUAAAAACAAACUUGUGGGACAAACUGAUUAAAUGUGAAUACAAAAUGCAGUGUGGAUCCUCCUUGAAUUAUUUAUUGAUUUGUGAAAUUGUUUGAAUCUCACCUUUGAUCAAAAAAGAAGUAAUUGUUUGUUGAUAUCAUGUAGUAAGGAUCUUUUGUGUGCUAAUGUCAACAGUACACUUAUCAAAAGGAAUUUUAUAAUAAGUUGCA